GAGGUAAAUCUCUCCAAUUUGCGCUCUCUCAAAUUCUCUCUUACUGUUUCUCUCUCUAAAAGUAUCACUCAGUUUUCGCCGUUAUAUAGAUCUAGUCUCACUCUGAUCAAUUUCUUGUUAGUUUUCUCCAUCUCCGUUUCAGAUCUAGAGCUUUCGAUUCAAUCUUUUUCUUUUCUUUUUCUCAGUUUCCAAUCAAAAUCGCAUUGGGACGAAGAUCAGCAGAUUGGCCAAAUCUCCGAUUUCUUGCUGCUUUCUAAACGGUGAUUUUCGGAUUUUGAUUUGGUUAAGAUGGUUGUACUUGCAGCUUCUAUUAUAAGUAAAUCGGGCAAAGCCCUUGUUUCGAGGCAAUUCGUUGAUAUGUCUCGCAUCAGAAUUGAGGGGCUUCUUGCAGCUUUCCCCAAGUUGGUUGGAACAGGAAAACAACAUACGUAUAUUGAGACUGAAAAUGUGCGCUAUGUUUACCAGCCAAUUGAGUCCUUGUAUUUGCUGCUUGUAACAAACAAACAAAGCAACAUCCUUGAAGAUUUGGAGACACUGAGGCUGCUCUCAAAACUUGUAUCCUCUAUGUUGGUUCCUGAAUAUUCUCUCUCUCUGGAGGAGGAUGGCAUUUGCAGAACAGCUUUUGAGCUGAUCUUUGCUUUUGAUGAAGUUAUCUCCCUUGGGCACAAGGAAAAUGUAACUGUUGCACAGGUUAAGCAGUACUGUGAGAUGGAGAGUCACGAGGAGAAAUUGCACAAGCUGGUACUGCAGAGCAAGAUAAAUGAAACUAAGGAUGUCAUGAAGCGCAAAGCUAGCGAAAUUGACAAAAGCAAGAUUGAAAAGAACAGAGGUGACAAAGGAGGGUUUAUGUCUCUGCAGUCGAUGGGUUCUGGUAGAAUUGAUAGCGGUUUUAGUAGUGAUAUGAGCAUAUCUAGCAGUGGAACUGGUUUUGGAAGUGGUUCUGGGUUUGGAUUAAGCACUGAUGUCGAUUCAUUUUCUACCAAGCCUAAAGGACGUCCAUCUGCAUCUGCUACUGCUCCUCCAAAAGGUCUUGGUAUGCAGCUUGGUAAAUCACAAAAGACAAACCAGUUUUUGGAAUCUUUGAAAGCUGAAGGUGAAGUGAUCCUUGAGGAUGUGCGUCCAAGUGCCAGUCAGUCCAGAUCAGCUGCUCCACUACCCACUGAUCCCAUCACAUUAACUGCUGAAGAGAAGCUUAAUGUGACAUUAAAGCGAGAUGGUGGCGUGAGUAACUUUGAUGUUCAGGGAACCUUGUCACUUCAAAUUCUCAACCAGGAUGAUGGGCUUAUCCAAGUUCAGAUCGAGACGGGGGGUAAUCCAGGCAUCCUUUUCAAGACACACCCGAACAUCAACAAGGAGUUGUUUUCCAAUGAGAAUAUAUUAGGCCUUAAAGACCCUAACAGGCCAUUUCCAACUGGUCAAGCUGGUGAUGGUGUUGGUCUCUUAAAGUGGAGAAUGCAAACAGUAGACGAGUCGGUUGUGCCAUUGACAAUCAACUGCUGGCCCUCUGUUUCUGGAAAAGAUACUUAUGUUAGCAUCGAGUACGAAGCUUCAUCAAUGUUUGAUUUGCAGAAUGUUGUGAUUUCGGUUCCUCUUCCAGCACUCAGAGAGGCGCCCGGUGUAAGGCAGAUAGAUGGCGAAUGGAGAUUUGACUCGAGAAAUUCUAUUUUGGAGUGGUCCAUACUUCUCAUUGACAACUCCAACCGCAGUGGAUCAAUGGAGUUUGUUGUUCCUCCGGCAGAUACAUCAGUAUUUUUUCCCAUUUCUGUGCGUUUUACUGCUGCUAGUACAUUCAGUGACUUAAAGGUCCUUACUAUCUUGCCAAUAAAAGGUGGACCUUCUCCCAAGUUUACUCAGAGAACACUUCUAUCUACAGAGAACUACCAAGUUGUGUGACUGAUGUUUGCCCUGUGCCAGCAAAUAGGUUGCGAAGGUCUCUACUAUGUCAGAGAUGUUAUAUAGUAGUUUUGGAUGCAAGACACAGUUUUCAUUUUUGUUUCUUUUCACAUUUCAUUUGAUACUCAAUUCGGGAAAAAGUGUGCUGAAAAUUGUUGUUAGUUUCAUUCAUUAGCAUGGAACCUGGCUUUAAUUCUCAAUUAUUGGUUUAUAUAUGGGAUAAAGGAACUUUUGGUUUGUUGUUCC